AUGGCGCCCAGGCUGCCGUCCCGGUGCUGGUCGGCCUGCCACCUCCAGCAGCGGACAUCCCAACUCCUACUCCCACAUCUCGACACGGCCGCCUUGAGGAGACCAACUAUUAGCCCCUCGGCCGGUCCUUCAUCAUCAUCCUCACACCUCCUGCUGCCCCGAACGACGACCCGCGGUGUCAAGUAUGGCUGGAGCAACACCCUCCCGAAGCGCGGCUCCAAGGCGACGAGGUUCAACCAAGUGACGGCCGGCCUGCCCGCACCCACGGCCGGGCCCGCGGCCGCCCUCAAGCGCAAGGAGAACACGACGCCCGUGCGCGCCGGCGUCGUCGCCAUCAAGAAGGGCAUGACGGCCUUCUUCAGCCGCCGCGGCACCCGCAUCCCCUGCACCGUCCUGCAGCUGGAUUCGGUCCAGGUCCUGCUCAACAAGACCCGCGAGAACGCCGGCUACUUUGCCGUCCAGGUCGGCGCCGUCCCCAAGCGGCCCUCCACCGCCCUCGCCCCCCAGCUGGGCUACUUUGAGGCCAAGGGCGUCGAGCCCAAGCAGCACGUCGCCGAGUUCCGCGUCCGCAGCGAGCAGGGCCUGCUGCCCGUCGGCGUCCAGCUCCAGCCGGAUUGGUUCCACGUUGGGCAGUGGGUCGACGUGCGAGGCACCAGCCGCGGUAUGGGUUUCGAAGGUGGCAUGAAGAGGCACGGCUUCAGCGGUCAGAACAAGUCGCACGGUAACUCGCUCAACCACCGCACGGGCGGUUCCGUUGGUCCCUCGCAGGGUAGUGGUUCCAGGGUCCACCCUGGCAAGAAGAUGCCUGGACGUAUGGGAGGUCAGUCGGCGACGGCUCAGAAUCUGUCGGUGCUCAAGGUCGACAACGACCUGGGCAUCGUGGUCGUCAAGGGCGCCGUUGCGGGCCCCAAGGGCGGCGUGGUCAAGAUCCAGGAUGCUGUCCUGAAGCCGCCGCCGCCUGAGAAGUGGAUCAAGGAGUCCCUCGAGACUCUGAUGAAGCGACACCCCAAUCACGAAGGCUUCUUGGAGGCUGCCAGGGCCAGGCACUUGGAGCUCAAGGAGGCCAGGCGGACUCACUCUGUCAGGAGGAUGGUGUCGCCAGACCAGCCGAGGAGGAAUCGUCUCAAGCCCGACCCUGCCGUUUGGGGAGAGUUGGCGCAGCUAUGA